UGGCAUUUUCCCCCAUAAAUUUCUUUAAAUUAACUAUGUCCAAUAGCCAAAUCCUUAAGCUUUUUGUUCUUCAGUGCCUAUUCAUAUUUCUGUGUCUUCCUUGUUUAGGAUUUCGUGCAGAAACAGACACUAUUACAAGAAAUCUUGUUCUAAAUGACCCCAACACCAUAUCAUCAAGAGGCAACGUCUUCAAAUUGGGAUUCUUCUCCCCUGAUAAUACCACCGAAAACCGCUACUUUGGUAUAUUUUACAGGCUACAGCAUUUCUGAAUCAACAGUGAUAUGGGUGGCCAACAGGGACAAGCCUAUUCCAGGUUCUUCCAGCAGUGUAACGAUAUCCCGAGAUGGGAAUAUCGUACUAACGAAUGCAGAAAGUGAGAUUGUUUGGUCAUCAAAUGUUACGUUAAUGUCAGUGCCCACCUUUUGAGCACUGGAAAUCUUGUUCUGCGAGAUGAUUAAAGUGACCGUACGUUUUGGGAGAGUUUUGGACAUCCAUCCGAUUCUCUUUUGCCCACUUCGAGGUUAACUGACAACAUAAAUACAGGCAAUAAGGUGAUCCUGUCCUCAUGGAAAACCCCGAUGGAUCCAGAAGUCGGAAAUUUCUCAAAUGGUUUCCAGGCUCUGAAUAUUCCUCAAGCCUUUAUUUGGAAUGGGAAUCGUCCAUACUGGCGAAGUGGUCCAUGGAAUGGGCUGAUUUUUAUUGGUGUACAAGAGAUGUAUUCUACAUAUACCGAAGGAUUAACUGUGGUAAAUUAUCCUCCAGGAACUUACUCUUUCAGUGUGCCAGAGGGGAAAUCCUUGAUGAGAGUUACUUUGAAUUCAAAGGGGAGUUUGGUUCAAACGAUGUGGAAUGAUCACACAUAGAAUUGGGAUAUUACAUGGUUGGCUCCUCAACACGAAUGUGAUGUUUAUGGGACUUGGGGGCCAUUUGGGAGUUGUAAUGCUUUGAGUUCACCUAUUUGUUCUUGUCUUAGAGGGUUUGAACCAAAUAAUUCUGAGGAAUGGGGAAGAGGAAACUGGUGUGGCGGAUGUGUCCUGAGGAAACCAUUACUCUGUGAUCGAAUUAAUAAUGCGAGCGGUGCUGGAAAAGAAGAUGGAUUCUUGAGGCUUCGGUUCAUGAAAGUGCCGGAUUUUGUUGAACGGGGGCCCUUUAGGGCGGUAGAGGAGUGUAGAAGUCUCUGCUCGCUGAAUUGUUCAUGCAUAGCCUAUGCACGCGACACAAAUCUUGGUUGUAUGUUCUGGAGCCAAGAACUGAUAGACGUUCAACAAUAUUCUAACGUUGGUGAAGAUCUUUACAUUCGUCUAGCUUUUUCAGAACUAGAUGGGCACAAAGACAAAAAGCUGAUUACAAUCCUUCCAAUAGUGGCGGGUUUGGUAGCCAUUUUGAUUUGCAUUUUCAUUUAUUGGUGGUUGAUGGCUAGGCGAAAAGGAGCCAAAGGAAAAGUAGAUGCGAAGUUAUAUGAAGCUGGGCUAACAUAUCCAUCAGAUUCGGCCGAGAUAGUGCUUAAACAUGAUAUGGAUAAAGUUAAUCUUGAAGAGUUUCCAUUAUUCACAUUCGAGACUCUUGCAAAUGCAACAGACCAAUUCCAUGAUGACAAUAUGCUUGGAAAGGGUGGUUUUGGUCCUGUUUAUAAGGGUAGAUUGGCAGAUGGAAAAGAAAUUGCAGUGAAGAGGCUUUCAGCAGCAUCUGGACAAGGAAUGGAAGAAUUUAUGAAUGAAGUGGAUGUGAUUUCCAAACUCCAACAUCGAAAUCUUGUAAAAUUACUAGGAUGUUGUGUCGAGAAAGAAGAGAAAGUUCUCGUUUAUGAAUAUAUGCCUAAUAAAAGCUUAGACGUGUUUCUAUUUGAUACUUCACAUCCAUUGCAGAAGAUUCUCGAUUGGAAGAAACGUUUUAGUAUCAUUGAAGGUAUUGGGCGAGGCCUUCUCUAUCUUCACCGGGAUUCUAUACUAAAGAUAAUUCAUAGAGAUUUGAAACCGAGUAACGUAUUGCUCGAUAACGACUAUAAUCCAAAGAUUUCAGACUUUGGAAUGGCAAGAAUAUUUGGAGGCAACCAAGAACAAUCCAACACUGGAAGAGUCGUCGGAACUUAGUAAUCAAGUUUUGAAUUUACGAAAGUAUUGUUCCCCUUAAAGGCAUGCUUGGUACACAGUAUUUAUAUAAUACUAUGAACAUGCCAUUCGCUUUUAAUAUUGGACGAUUCAAAUUUACAUGAAUUUAUCAUGUUUUGCAGUGGAUAUAUGGCACCAGAAUAUGCAAUGGAAGGAAGAUUUUUCGAAAAAUCUGAUGUCUAUAGUUUUGGUGUUCUGAUGUUAGAAAUCAUGAGCGGGAAAAAGAACACCAACUUCUACAAUCACGAAUGGUCAUUAAGCCUUUUGGGAUGUGCAUGGAAAUUAUGGCUCAGCCUUCAUAGAUCAAACAAUACACAAAGCCGAAUUCCAUGGAGAGAUGGUGAGGUGCAUUCACAUUGCACUAUUGUGUGUACAAGAAUUCCCUACUAACCGGCCUACAAUUUCGACAGUUCUUGCAAUGCUCCUCGAGAAACUGUCGAUUGGCUUUUGCAGGAUCACCCGAUAUUUGCCGAGAAGUGGAACCGUAGUCAUGUCACCUCUUCCCAGACGGGAGUCUCCAUUAACAAUGUCGACACUCUUACAACGCUUGGUGGACGAUGAUUUCCAACUUCUUCCACAGUUUUAAUAAAAACGUCUAUUUAGUUACAUAUGUUUUCUAUUUCCAUUUGUUACAUAUAAUAGCUUGUUAACAUUAUAUUAUUUAUAUGUAAUAAUCAUGAGUUAUGUUCGUCCAAUUAUAUGAGAUUGAGACGGCUACUUGCAUUUUA